UGCGAUCUAACUGAAAUAUAUAUCAAUAAAGAAUUAUUUCUUUAUAUGAGUUUAUGCUUUGUGAGAGAGAAACUGAAAAAAUUCAGAAAGAAAUCUCGAAGAAAGCAACUAAUGGAAGAAGUUGCAACUAUUGCGAUUCAACGUAUGCAACCUGAAAAGGAUAUAUUUUACGAAUAUGUAAAAUCAUCAUUAGAUAGUAUUGCAGAAGAAGUUUUAAAUUGUCUUAGAGAAAAACAUCCCAACCAUUCGAUAUUCUCGACGUCGGCUGAGAAUUUUUCCUAUUGGAGAAACAACAAUAUCGAUGAUAAUUAUUGGGACGAAGCAGAAAGUACGCAGAUUAUGGAUACACUCGAGGAAUAUAUUUUUGGUAAAUUAAACUUUCGACUAUGCCAAUGGACAGACAGAAAUGUGGAAAACCUUUGUAUAGAUAACGUGUUAAAAAAUAAAUGUGGCCAGAAAACAAUUUUAUUAAUAAUAUAUGAAAGCGUGGCCAGGAGACUUGGUUUACGUUGCGUUUUAAUUAAGGAAGAGUUAGCAAUCGACGAAUACUAUAUAUUUUGGAUGCCAAAAUAUGCUAUAAAUAGGUUUGAAAAUGCAAGAUGUUACGAUAUAACUUUUAAAGAAUUCCCGAAACGUUUUCACAUACAAUUGCUGUUUAUGAUGAUCUGUGGAAAUACCUUGGCAGACUUUAUACUAAAACCUGAAGAGAUGUUGUCCUUAUUAGUACAGCGCUUUCAUCUUUGUUUGGGGAACGUAGAUGGAACACAUACAUAUUAUACUAUUUAUAAUUUAUGUAAAAUAUCAAAUCAUCAGGUAUGUUAA